AUGUUCUACAUGCAUUUGCUCGUGAACAAGCGUGGGCCGUUGGCCAAAAUAUGGCUUGCCGCCCACUGGGAGAAGAAGCUCACCAAAGCUCAUAUAUUUGAAUGUAAUUUAGAGACUACUGUUAAAAAUAUCAUCUCACCAAAGUUUACAAUAGCUCUGCGCACCUCAGGACACUUACUCUUAGGAGUGGUGCGGAUUUACCACAGGAAAGCAAAAUACCUCUUGGCAGACUGUAGUGAAGCUUUGACAAAAAUGAAGACAGCUUUUCGCCCAGGACUUGUUGACCUUCCAGAACAGAGCUUUGAAGCUGCUUAUCAGUCCAUUACAUUACCUGAAGAAUUUCAUGAUUUUGAUACUCCACUACCUGAUUUAAAUGCCAUUGAUGUUGCAGAACAUUUUACCUUGAAUCAGAGCAGAGCUGAAGACAUCACACUUACAGAGGAUUACGAAAGCAACAUACUUCUCUGUGAUAGAAACUUUGAUGAGGAACCAGAAACACUAAGAAAACAGAGCUGCUUUGACGGCAGCUUCCUAAUGAGCAGCAACAAUCUCAUGGCUGAUCAUACCUCUGCGAGUGUAAAUGGAGACAAGUCUGCACUGCAUGAAGAUGUUUACUGUUUUGAGCAGGAUUGUUUUGGAGAUGAGGAGGCUGGUGCAGAUAUGAUUGAAAUCCUGCUGAGGGAUGAGCAAAAUGGCCUAAUUAAUGACAUUCUUGAUAUGGAGGAAGAACUUCCUUUGUCACAAGAUCUUCCGGAGAACCCCAGAGCCAUUGAAUCCAACUGCGAAGACACUGCGAUUAAGACAGAAAGCCAUCUAAUGAAUGAAACAAUACUUUUGUCUAAAGAAGACGAAGGAUUUGUGCUUGAGCCAGUUGAUGAUACAGCUUUCAACCAGAGGAAAAAAAAUAAAAGAAAGAGGAAGUUGCUUGUGGAUGAAGACAAGGAGCUCAGCUGCAGUGCUAUAUACAACCAACUUAACAACUGCGUAGACAUCCUUGUUACGUUAGACCUUGCACCCCCAACAAAAAAAACAAUGGCAUGGAAAGAAUCAGGAGGAGUGGAUACACUCCUGUCCAACCCUACGCAACCUGUGGUUCAUGCCGAGCUACAAAUGUUGUUUGCAAAAUGCUUUGAGAGUCGCGGAUUUAAGAUGGCAAGAAACGUAAUGCAGGUGGAGUCUGAAAUGGAAGAGACAAGAAAAGAACACGAUACCUCAGAGAUGCUGAUAAUGGAAGAACCAAGUUACCUGCAGGAGUCAGCUCAUUCAGAGACCGAGAGAAAAAUUAGAAAUGAUUCAUUUGUAAUGACAUCACAGAGUAACAGAAACGAAACUGAUAAUAACUUUGGCGAAACUCUACAGGAUGCAACUGCUUUCUCUGAGAGCUCCUCAUUUGUGAAUAAUUCACUGGGCCAGGAAGCUCCGGCACAGCAAGCUGAGUUAAAUGAGCUAGCAAUGAAAAACAAAGACAAUGAAGAAAUUAAGCAGAGCAAAAGAACUCUUCAGUUCUUAAAAACUUUACAGCACCUGAACAAAUCAGGAGUGAAUUCCUUCAGCUUACGGGAGCUCUGUCGGAAAAAUAACCGGAAAGAAGUUGCGGCCAAGUUUUACAUCUUCCUUGUUCUGAAGAAACAGCUUGUUAUUGAGCUCGCUCAGAGCGCUCCGUUUGCAGACAUUACAGCCACUGCCGGCCGAAUGUUCGAUGCUUACUGAAAUCACACAGUAUUCAGAUAAGCUAAUAAAAAUGUUUCUGAUUUUUCAGAAAAUAUUUUUCUUGAAAAAAUGAGAGGCCUGUCAAACCACGGUGAACUAAGCAGAGCUCCCCUUCAUUUAUGUGACCUCUCAGGACUGCAAAGUAACUAGCUUGGCAGGUGUGCUGCUG